CUGUACAAAAACCUCUUAGUUACCGACUCUUGAAAGAUCUGCACGUCUCUCCCUUUGCCUUUUUUUGAUUUUUUUUUGUGUCCCCUGCAACUCUGUCUAUCCAAAUUAAAGGCUGCGAGAGAGAGAGAGAGAGAGAGAGAGAGAGAGAGUCUAAGCGCUGGAUCUUUAUUUAUAAGCUUUAUACUACGUAUAAUACAAUUCAGCAGGUAGUGUAAUGGCGAAUCGAGUGAAAGAAGAUGAGAAGAAUGAAAGAAUAAUUCGGGGACUUCUGAAACUUCCCGAGAAUCGCAGGUGCAUUAACUGUCAUAGUCUGGGACCGCAAUAUGUUUGCACAAAUUUCUGGACAUUUGUUUGCACCACCUGUAGUGGAAUACAUCGGGAGUUUACACACCGAGUAAAAUCAGUAUCAAUGGCUAAAUUUACUUCACAAGAAGUUACCGCUCUUCAAGGAGGAGGAAACAAGCGUGCAAGAGACAUUUAUCUUAAAGAAUGGGAUGCACAGCGUCAGUCUGCUCCUGAUGGCAGUAAUGUUGACAGGCUUCGAGACUAUAUUAAACAUGUGUAUGUGGAUAGAAGAUACACUGGUGAGAGGAACUAUGGAAAACCUCCAAGUGUAAAGUUGGGUGACAAAGAGGACUCAUACCAAGGAGGGUCUCGAAGUCCACCAUAUGACGAUACAUAUGAGCGCCGCUACAGUGGAAUGUCCAGUCCUGGUGGACGAAGUGAUGAUAGGAAUUCUAGAUAUGCAUAUGAUGAAAGAAGAAGUCCUGGAUAUGAUCAAGAAAGUCGACAGUAUAAUGAUUACAGGAGAAGUCCUGCUCGUGCUGAGAUAGUUAAUGAUUGGCGAAGGGAGGAUAGAUUUGGAAAUGGAAAGAGAGCUGACGACCGUAGAGUAUCUGAAGGAGACUCAAAGCUGGAAAGCAGGUCACCUGAACCGCUGAAAGAUCCAGAGGUUUCUAGUCCCCCUGUUGUACGCCCUGUUAGAGAAAUUUUGGGAGAUAAUGUGGUGCCUCUUCGUAUAAGUGAACCUCCCAAAACCAAUGUUGUAAGGGCUGCUGAUGGCUCUGCACAGACACAGGGAAAUGCAUCUGCUAGCAGCUUAGGUUCCACCAAUGGGAAUCUGACGGAAGUUAAAGUGGAGAGUACUGCAAGCUUAAUUGAUUUUGAUGCUGAUCCAGAACCACCUGUUACCACUGCAGUUCCUCAAGCACAACAAACAAUUGUGUCUCAAUCAAUUGCACAACCUGCAAGUACAACAAAUGAUAACAAUUGGGCUUCUUUUGAUUUUGCACCUGAGGUUAAGGUAUCUCAAGAAAAUGCGAAUCCACUGGAAUCUGUUAUCUCACAAUUGGUGCUGCCAGCAUCAGUACCUGGUCAAAUAUCUGGAAUGUCAAGCGUUUCUGGUGCUCCAGUAGCUGCAUCUUUAGGCAAUGUAUCAAAUUUACCAAAUGCAACUGCUUCUUCUGCUGUGUCAGCUGGGAAUGCACCUAUAUUGCCUCUCAAUACUGGGGCUACAAUUUUUCAUCCUGGUGGUGUUUCAGUGGCUGCCCCUGGUUUGGCAGCUGUAAUGCCUGUCAAUGGUGGUCCUUCCUUUGUCAAAGUUAAUGAAACAGGCCAAUGGCCUAGAGUGCAGCAUCAGCAACCUUUUCUAUUCCCUGCUUCUAGUGGUCAGUCUACUUCUCAACAAUUUAAACCACCACUUGAUGGCACUUCAGCUAAUCAGUCUUGGAAUUUAUCAGUGGCCCCUAAUAUGCAAGCGGCUUUGAGAAAACCAUCUGUUGGAGCCCCUCAAGUCAUCUCUACACCUUCCUUAGUGGUUGCUUCUGCUGGUGUAUCACAGCCACCAGCUGUGGAAGUCAAAUCAAGUGGAAGAAAAGAACUGCCUGAGGAUCUUUUUGCUGCAACCUAUCCAUCUUUCCAUGCAGCUGUUCCAGGGUGGCAAACUGGUCCUCCCCGUGGUAUGGGGUUCGCUAUGCGAUAUAGUAAUGCUGCAGUGCCGAUGCCUACUUUGAUUCAGCAAUCCAAGUCAACAAACCCAUUUGAUCUCAAUGAGCCAUCUUCAAUGCAAGUUCAUACUUUUUUAUGGCUUGUGUUCCUUCCGAUGCAGUUUCCUUCCAUGGCAUCCUUGCGAGGUGCUCUCCCAAAUAUGCCACCAUCUUCAGGCUUACAGCGCACCUCUAGUCUUGGUGCUCCAUCAUCAGCAUGGAUGCCUUCUCAGUCAUUGCCUUACCCAUCAGCUCUGCCUCCCCAGCCACCGUCUUAUGCAUCAGCUAUGCCUCCAAGGGCAUACAUGAGACAAGUAUCAAGUAACAUGCCAAUUUCUGGGCCGCAAGGAGUAGGAGGGUUAGGCACCGGGGGAGGUGCUUUUGGUGCUAUAAAUAUGGAUCAACAGUUGGCCGGUAGAAUCUCAGCCCCUGCUACCCCAUCACCUUUCUCUUCUGUUGGAGGGAACCCAUUUGGAUGAGCAUGUGCAAAAUGUAUUGUUGUCUUGAUUUAGAGGAAGCAUCAACUCGUUGCGUCCUUCAAAUUGCUGUCUGGAAAGUUUUGGUUUUAUUAUUUUACUUGAAUCAUCCAGCCAGCUUAAACAAUGCCCAUGUUUAUCAAUUGUAAGGGUCAAAUGUCCAUAUCAGCCCUGAAAAUUGACUUGAAUGAGAGUGAGCAGGUUUAUAAAUUGUAAGGCUGGACACCUCCAUGGGGAUUUAGGUUUAUUUCUCAUGUGCCUAUGUUUGUAUCGUUCAUUGGAUGAUCUGUGUUGGCUGCCAUCCCAGAAUUUGUAUAAUUUUUGUUUGUUGCCUGCUGCCCCCAGAAGUCGUCAUUGCCCCCAUUUCCAUGUAUGAUUUUUGUAAUUUCUUCAUAUAGUGGUGAACCGUCGAGUCUGAAAAGCUUGUGGAACAAUUACAAACAGUACAGUUUGUAUGCAUAUAUUGUUGAAUAUUGAUAUGAUUUUUCUCUCAA